GUACAACAAUCAUCAUAAUUAUUAAUAAUUUUGAUUGCUAUUUUUGCAAAUGAUGCAGGUUCAAGCAAAUAUAUAAAGACAGCGAUUAUAUACUGGUAGACACAUUUGUUUUACAUUUUAAAUUAACAACUUUCUUUUUGCAAGCAAAGACUAUGGCAGAGCAGGGAUCCAGUAAGGGUGCUGAAGGAGGGUCUGGCCAGUUCUCAUCAAACAAAGAUUUGCUCAAGCAUUAUGAGGAUCAGGGGGUACAAGCCAUGUAUGCUGUAGAGCCAUUAAGAUACUGCGACCACCUGAAGGAGGUGUCCCCUCUACCAGAGUGUGGUCUGAACGUUGACGACCCAUGUACAGAGUGCAAUGCAACCGGAGAGAACUGGGUCUGUCUCGUCUGCUAUCAGGUGUUUUGUAGCCGCUACGUUAAUGGUCACAUGGUGAAACACGGGGAGGACGCUGACCACCCCAUGGUGUUGAGCUAUGCUGACUUAUCUGUCUGGUGUUACAAGUGUGAAAACUACCUUGAUAACACGGUCCUGGGACCAGCCAAGAGUUCUGCCCACAGGAGCAAGUUUGGUCAGGAGAUAUAGAUCAAAGGGAGACCACUCAUCAUUUCUUCAUUUGACUGCAUAAAUCUAUGUGGCUUUCCAUACUUGCUUAAAAUAAGCAAUGAACAAUGAGAUAUAAUCUGAAAUCUGAUAACAACUGUCAAGCGCUUUGACAGACAUUAUAUUGUUCAUUUUAUGUUUUAUGUUUUUAUACUGUGGUGAGUUUUUUCCUUGCACAUGUUUUAAUGGUAUCAAAUUUGUCUGGUAGUUGUUUAUCUCAUGUGAGCACAACGUGUUUGAAAGCUUUCAGUAUCUAUGGGGGACCUCUUCGUCGUUGUUUGUUGUUUUUAUUGUGUCUACAUUGUGUUUGUUCUUAUGCUAGAGAGCACACUUGGUCCUAUCUGAACCAAAUUUGCAAUUUUCGUGUUUGACAAUACAAUAUUAUUUAGUAAUGGUUUUAUAAUGUUGGUCUCACAGUAAAUCAAGAGUUUUU